AAGAACAAAGAGAGGAAAGAGGCCUGACGAGGAGAUGGGAGUGAGAGAAGCAUAGAGGUGGGAAAAGGUAGACAAGCCGCCUUCAACAGGUGACACCCGGGCGAGGCGAUGGCGGCGUGGCUCGGCCGGCUGCCGCUCGGCGACGCCUGGUACGACGUGUGCUCCCGCCUGCUGCGGACCAAACCCGUGGGCUCGAUGGCGCACGGCUCCGAUGACCUCACCGAGCUCGGGGAGGGGUCGGCGGUCGGGCUGGCCAAGGUCCUGACCACCGUGGACCUGGUGUCGCUCGGGGUGGGCAGCUGCGUCGGCACGGGGAUGUACGUGGUCGCCGGGCUGGUCGCCAAGGCGAUGGCCGGGCCCGGGGUCAUCCUGUCUUUCAUUAUCGCGGCGGUGGCGUCCAUUCUCUCAGGUGUGUGCUACGCAGAGUUCGGUGUCCGGGUCCCGAAGACGACCGGCUCCGCCUACACCUACAGCUACGUGACGGUCGGGGAGUUUGUGGCGUUUUUCAUUGGUUGGAACCUGAUCCUGGAGUACCUGAUUGGCACAGCGGCGGGGGCGUCGGCUCUGAGCAGCAUGUUUGACUCUCUGGCCAAUCACAGCAUCAGCGACUACAUGAUAACGCACCUGGGCACGCUCAGGGGACUCGGUAAAGGUGAGGACACGUACCCUGACCUGCUGGCCCUGUUCAUCGCCCUGCUGGUCACGGGGGUCGUGGCUCUCGGCGUGCGGAACUCGGUGGGCUUCAACAACGUCCUCAACGUGGUCAACCUGGUGGUCUGGGUCUUCAUGAUCAUCGCCGGGCUCUUCUUCCUCUCCCCCAGCAACUGGGGGGGCGGCAGGUUCCUCCCGUACGGCUGGUCAGGGGUGAUGCAAGGUGCGGCCACUUGCUUCUACGCCUUCAUCGGCUUCGACAUCAUCGCGACGACGGGGGAGGAGGCGAAAAACCCCAACACCUCCAUCCCCUACGCCAUCACGGCCUCGCUGGUCACCUGCCUCAUGGCCUACGUGUCGGUGAGCGUGAUCCUGACUCUCAUGGUGCCCUACGACCUGAUCGACGGCUCGGCUCCCCUCAUGGAGAUGUUCGCGGUGCACGGCUUCCUGUGGGGGAAAUACGUGGUGGCCGUGGGCUCCAUAGCGGGCCUCACGGUCUCUCUGCUGGGCUCUCUGUUCCCCAUGCCCAGGAUCCUCUACGCCAUGUCCCGGGACGGCCUGCUCUUCGGGUUCCUGUCCCACGUGUCGGCGUUCACGCACACGCCCGCGGUGGCGUGCGCGGUGUCGGGGAGCCUGGCGGCGCUGCUGGCUCUGCUGGUGAGCCUGCGGGACCUGAUCGAGAUGAUGUCCAUCGGCACGCUGCUGGCCUACACCCUGGUGAGCGUCUGCGUGCUGCUGCUCCGCUACCAGCCCGACGAGGAGAGCGACGCGUACAGGCCCGGCGCCGCCGAGGACGGGGUCGGGAUGGACGGGGUCGGGGCCGCCUCAACCAAAGAUGACCAGGGGCUGAUCGGAGGCCCGGGCGGCGACGGGGCGGCGUCCUACCACGGCGGCGGGGCCGAAGGAGACGGGGACGGCGCCGAGUUCCACACCGGCCGCGCCUCGCUGCUUAAAAGGCUUCUGGGGGGUCACUACUACACCCUGAGGCUGCGGCUGGCGAUGCCUGACGCGUCGGCCCGGCCCACGCCGGCCACCGGCCGCACGGUGACCCGCUGCACCGUCCUCUUCUUCCUCACGUCCUUCCUCCUCUGGUCAACCGUCAUAUUCGGCGUGGAGCGGGGCACCGGCAUCGGGGCGGCGUUUUCCGGCCUCACGGCCACGCUGAUGGCGGGUUCCUUGGCGAAGCUUUUGGUCACGAUCAUCCAGCAGCCGCAGAGCGCCACCAAGCUGCCCUACAUGGCGCCCGGCGUGCCCUUCGUCCCCGCGACGGCCAUUUUGGCCAACAGCUAUCUGAUGCUGAAGCUGUCUCCACUCACCUGGGCCAGGUUCACCGUCUGGUGCUUCAUUGGUCUGCUGAUCUACGCUUGUUACGGAGUGUGGCACAGCACGCUGGAGCAGAACGCCCGGGAGCAGCAGGCGCACGCCAGCUCCUACCAGCGCUACGACAACCACCUGGACGACGACGACGCCGGCGGCGACGUUUUGGAGCGCGACGAGAGGCCCUACCAGGGCUGGUCCGCCCCGGAGGAGAGGGGACACCAGCAGAAGCAGGAGGAGGACGCGUGCGAGGGCGCAGAGCAAUACGAGCGUAACGGCGAGCAGCGUGGCUAUCAGUCCGAAUCGGGGGGCCAGUCCGCAGGCAAGUCCAGAGGGAGGACCAACCACGGCUUUGACGUGGAUGAAGAGGAGGACUGAGCAGAGGUCGCUUCCUCCAGAGGGCACGGUCUUUUGAAAGGACAUUUUUAAUUGUCACCAGAAGAGGACAGAAUGGACGACCUCCCAUCGCGGCACCCUGGAUGUGCACCGACAGACAUCCUGCUUCCACAGACUGUGCAGAAGAAGUGGGCGUGGUCAUCGCGAAGUCUCCUGCUGGUUUGUGGACUCCCGUUUUCAAGCCUUAAACCGUAAACUCUUGCUGGAGCCUUUUUGGAUUGUGGCUCCUCACCAAGUUGUUUGUUUUUGCAGAAAAUGUAUGGAAGUUACCAUAUUUGGAUGUAUGCGUCUCUGGCACCUAUCAAUCAGAAUGUAGCCUCGCCCUAAAGCAUACCUUGCUUUAUAGUUGCUUUAUGCACAAAGCUUGUCUUAAAACUUUAUUAUAUCUAGUGACCAGCAGGGGGCGACUCCUCUGCUCCCAUAGACGUCUAUGGUCUCUAGUUUCAAGUCUUCUUCAAUUCAGCAUGAUGUUCACUUUGUGAGUCAAAGACCAUAAAGGAGGGGAUGCUUUAGGGCGGGGCUUAGUUUGAUUGACAUGUCUCUACCAGAGACACACUCCAAAUAUGGUGACUUCUGUUCACUGGUCCCAAAAAACUGAAAAUGGUGACACUCACUCUGCUUCUGUACUCAAGUCAGGUUCUUCUCUCAUUGGUUGAAACAUCGCGGGGGCGGAGCCAGAGACUCCUCACUGUCCAUU